UAGCUCUUUUCUUAGCAUAUUCCUAUUCCCUUUCCUUACCCCAUUAUAAACCUUGUUCUUUUGCAAUGACGAACCACCUUACUUUCUUUCAUUCCCCUUUUCUGUUUUUUUGACCCACAUUCUCGUUUAUGUUCUUUUCAUUCACUGCUAUGAGCUUUGAGUGAAAAGUUUUUUUUUUUUGCUUAAUUAUCCCGUUCUUUGUCAUUUUUGUCUUUCACUAAUGUGUAUUCCAACUGGGUUUUGAAGCUUUGUCUCUUUAUUGUAACUUGUGUGUUGCCAUCGUUCUUCGUUCCUCUGUUGCUCAUUGCACAAGCAUUGGUGACAGCCAAGAUUAAAUAAUCAAGUUGCUUCUGCAAAUCUGUACUGUUGUUAGAGCAUAAAAAGAUAUAAAUCCUUAUGGAGGAGACAUUUGUUCCGUUUCGUGGAAUUAAAAAUGAUCUUCAAGGGAGAUUGAUGUGUUACAAGCAAGACUGGAUUGGUGGUCUCACGGCAGGCUUCAGGAUAUUAGCCCCUACCACGUAUAUAUUCUUUGCAUCAGCAAUUCCUGUUAUUUCAUUUGGAGAACAAUUGGAAAGAGACACAGAUGGAGUACUCACUGCAGUGCAAACAUUAGCAUCUACUGCAUUGUGUGGAAUUAUACACUCUAUUAUAGGAGGCCAGCCUUUGCUGAUUCUUGGAGUAGCAGAACCAACUGUAAUUAUGUAUACAUUCAUGUUCAACUUUGCCAAAAGUAGGCCAGAAUUGGGUUCAAAACUCUUUCUAGCAUGGAGUGGAUGGGUAUGCAUGUGGACUGCCAUCUUGUUGUUCCUACUGGCUAUCUUAGGAGCUUGCUCCAUCAUCAACAGGUUCACUCGUGUUGCAGGGGAACUGUUUGGCCUUCUUAUUGCAAUGCUUUUCAUGCAAGAGGCUAUUAAAGGACUCAUCCAUGAGUUUCACAUACCUGAGAGGGCAGACCCAACAUCACCUGAGUUUCAAUCUUCAUGGAGAUUUGGAAAUGGUAUGUUUUCUUUGGUUCUGUCUUUUGGUCUCCUGCUUACAGCAUUGAGAAGCCGAAAAGCAAGGUCUUGGCGAUAUGGAUCAGGAUGUUUACGGGGCCUCAUAGCGGAUUAUGGUGUCCCGUUGAUGGUUCUAUUGUGGACCGGCAUUUCUUAUAUUCCCGCUGGAAGUAUUCCAAAAGGAAUCCCUAGGCGUCUCUUCAGUCCAAAUCCAUGGUCCCCUGGUGCAUUUGAAAACUGGACUGUCAUAAAGGACAUGCUGAAUGUGCCAGUUCUCUAUAUUAUUGGAGCGUUUAUUCCAGCAACAAUGAUUGCUGUUCUUUAUUAUUUUGACCAUAGUGUGGCAUCUCAGCUUGCUCAGCAGAAAGAGUUCAAUUUAAGAAAGCCACCUUCUUUCCAUUAUGAUUUACUUCUUUUGGGAUUCAUGGUUAUAUUAUGUGGUCUAAUUGGAAUUCCCCCGUCAAAUGGUGUCAUUCCACAAUCUCCAAUGCAUACCAAAAGUUUAGCUACACUGAAGCACCAGUUACUUAGAAACCGACUUGUUGCAACAGCACGAAGCUGUAUGAAAAAGCAAGAAAACUUGGGACAAGUAUAUGGAAGUAUGCAAGAUGCUUACUGGCAGAUGCAAACCCCUCUAGUUCACCAGGAACAUUCCUCGCAGGGACUUAAUGAGAUGAAAGAGUCAACUAUCCAAUUAGCAUCAAGCAUGGGGAGUAUAAAUGCUCCAGUUGAUGAGUCAAUAUUUGAUGUGGAGAAGGACAUUGAUGACUUAUUGCCUGUUGAGGUCAAAGAACAACGAGUGAGCAACCUGCUUCAAUCUUUGAUGGUAGGAGGAUGUGUAGCAGCAAUGCCUUUCCUGAAAAUGAUUCCAACUUCUGUACUCUGGGGCUAUUUUGCUUUCAUGGCCAUUGAAAACUUACCUGGCAACCAGUUUUGGGAACGGAUUUUAUUAAUUUUCACUGCUCCAAGCAGAAGAUACAAAGUCUUGGAGGAGUUCCAUGCAACUUAUGUGGAAACCGUACCAUUCAAGACAACUGCAGUAUUUACUCUCUUCCAGACUGCUUACUUGCUUGUUUGCUUUGGUAUCACUUGGGUUCCAAUAGCUGGGGUUCUAUUCCCAUUGAUGAUCAUGCUUCUGGUUCCUGUGAGGCAAUACAUUCUGCCCAAGUUUUUCAAAGGAGCACACCUUCAAGAUUUAGACGCUGCAGAAUAUGAAGAAGUGCCUGCUUUGUCAUUCAACCUAGCGACUGAAGGGGACUUGAGCAGGGCAGCUUCCUUUGCAGAUGAUGGAGAGAUUCUUGAUGGAGUAAUUACUAGAAGCCGGGGUGAGGUUAGACGUGUUUGCAGUCCAAAGGUAAUGAGCUCCACUCCAACACUAUCCCAGGAGUUCACAAGUGUUCAAAGUCCAAAGUUCCCAGAUAAAGUAUACAGCCCUCGGAUAAGCCAACUCAGAGGAAAUCAAAGCCCUCGAGGUGUUGUGAGAGGACCAUUUAGCUCUGCAGAAGCUAGGCCAUCCCAUUUGAGGAAAGGUGGUUGAACACUGAUGCAUCUUUACUUAUGCCUAUAAUACAAGGAUUGCCAGCAAAGGUGGCAUGCCCCUCACUCAUUUUAAUCUCUGAUUCUUGACAUAGGCAAUUGCGACAAUAUAAACUAUCUAGUGCAGGAAUUUGUAACAAGUUGUUAAUGUUUAUGAUUAAAAAGAAAAAAAGUUGUUAAGUGGUUGAUGCCUAUUAUUUGUUAGGUAAUGCAAUUAUGGAGACAUUGACAUGUUUCCACCCUAUUAACUUUUUUAUG